GUACAUGCGCGUCCUUUGCUUCGGCCUCACAACCCCAUCUAUCCGGUGUGUGUGUGUGUGUGUGUGUGUGUGUGUGUGUGUGUGAGAGAGAGAGAGAGAGAGAGAGAGAGAGAGAGAGAGAGAGAGAGGAUUGAUUGAUGCCUAUUCCAGAAUGGAUUGCGCAAUGGCACCAACGUCUCCAUGGGCAGAUUGUACAAAGGGGGGGAGAAAACAGCGGCACGGAGGGGAGGAGGUUGUUAGGAGAACGGGAGGGAGGGAGAUGGCUAUGGCGAAGAGGAGCCAGCGUGCGUCAAGGGUCUACGAGAGAUGGCGGGAUCUGGCAAGCGCUGCGACGGAAAUGGAAAUGGCCGUGGGAACUGCAGCCGUUCGAAGACCGAGCGGCUGCGUUCAAGCGCAAGCGGCUGGAGGGUUUUAAGCAAUUCGCUCAGGCCGCCAAAGCCGAGAACUUAAACGAUCUCCGAGACGUAAUUGGUGCCAUGAUCUUAUCAGAAUGCGUGUACAAGGAUCCGGCAUCAGAUUUGGUACGAGCGGUGAAUCAAUUCAACAUGGACUUCGGAGGUGACUUGGUUCGUCUUGAAAGAGUGCAGGUCUCCUUGGAUUCUGUUCCCCACAGGUACUUGUUGGCAGAGGCUGAUGAUAUCCUAUUUGCAUCUUUUGCAGGGACGAAACAGUAUCGGGAUGUUCUCGCAGAUGCAAAUAUACUUCAGGAGGCUCUUUUUCAUGCUGAAGAGGAUGAAGGGGACGAUGGGGGCUUGGGACCUGUGAGCACCAUGUCACCACCCGUGAUCGCAAUGCCCUCUGGGAUCAGUGACCCUAGUAAUUCCGUUCGGAAUGCGGGAGGAGAUCGUAUGAGCUCAAGAAAGCGGCGGUUGGAUCAGAGGGUUCGACCGGCAGCGCAUAAGCGUAGCAACCGAGUGAGAGGCGACACUUGCAUUGGUGGCUACGUCGACUACGGGGGAGGGGAGGUAGACAAGAGGUGGGAGGCACAUGGUAGUAGACCAGGUGAUAGUGGACCAGUGUACGAGGACACACCAAGGGGGGAGAAGGUAGAGGAGGUAGACAAGUGGCAGGAGGCACUUGGCAGUAGAUCAGGUGAUAGUGGACCAGCGUACGAGGAUACACCAAGGGUGGAGAAGGUCGAGGAGGUAGUGCGUAACGGUAAGAAGCAAAUGGCAACGCCGAACAGAGCGGACGGGGCAGGGAGUGGCGGAGGCAACAGAGGUUGCUUCAACUGCGGACAGUCAGGACACUACGCAAGAGACUGCCCAGCGGGAAGUAACCCAGGGACACCUCAGCAGCAGCAGGGGGCGUACGCAAACAACGCCAGAUACUGGCAGAGUAGGCGAGAGCUCGAGGAAGACAUCAAAACCAUGAAAGAAUGGGUACAGAUGAAGAUGAUGAAGGAGCAAGAGAAGUUUGCCAAGAAAAGGGAGGAAGAGGAAAAAGCCAGGCAAGAUGCGGAGCGAAAGAAGCGACAGCAAGAGGAGGAGCGAAGGCAGACUGAGUUAAGGAGGCUCAAUGAGGAAAGUGAGCUAAGGAUAUUGUCAACGGUGGCAAGGGAGAUGCACCAUUUUCAUGCGGACGUCCGAAGCGACAUACAAAUGGCGCUCACGACGAGAGCGGGAGCCUCAAAGGAGAAGGGGAAAGGCAAGGCGAACUCACUGGAUGAUCAUGCCACAGACGAACUCUUGAAUUACUUGAAAAGGGAUAAUGAUGAGAGCUCGAGGGAUCGCGAGAACCGAGGAAGAUGGGAGUUCACUCGGAGGAACAGAGGCCAAAGGACCGUGAGGAAGCUCGGGUCACCAUAAACAUCGGAGGACGGUGGGGAAGUAACACCGGGAGAGGGAAAAAUGCAGAGGAUGGACAAGAAGGUACCAAGAACAUGCAACAGAG